CGUGGAAAAAUGGGCUCGUUUCUUGCGUUUGUUUUGGCCGAUUCGAGACGAUAAAUAGCCGAUUGAUCAAGUUGGAGUUUCUUGCUGGUGUACGAAAGUUCGGCAAAAUAGAGCCCGGCACUACCUAGGUAAAAAGGAAUCGAAGGCGACGAUCGGGCUGGAAUCGAGACUGACAAGUUUGGGUCGGUCUGGGGCUCGGCAAGCAGCAGGCACGUCGGCAGCCAUUGUUGGUGUUGUUGUUCUGUCCUGCUGGUGGUGGUGAGGUUCUGGCCAAGUCUGGCGGAUGGAACUGCCGUGAGACUGGCGCGGAGGCUGAUGGCGGGGGCCGCGGCGGCGGCGGCAGCCGCCGUCGACGAGUCGUCCGACCCGAUGGUAGACUGGGAAGAGGGUGAGAGCCGCUUCUCCUUUGAGGACUCUGACCGAUUUGAGGAGGACUCACUCUGCAGCUGGUCCAGCGAACCCGAGUCUGUCUGCAACAACUGGCGCGGCUGGAAGCGGCCGCCGAAUGCGGCCACGCAAGGGCCACCUCCGAACAUUGCUCGCAGGUCCCUGCCCGGACCAGAUCCAGUUGUGUCGCGCAGCGACAGGUCGACAAGUUUGACUGAGUUAGCAGCUCGGUGCGUCGCUUCCCACAUCCCCUUUGAGCUGGUCGAGCGCGUCUAUCCUCCCGUGCCUGAGCAGCUGCAGUUGCGAAUCGCCUUCUGGAGCUUCCCAGACAACGAGGAAGACAUCAGACUGUACUCAUGCUUGGCCAAUGGCAGCGCCGACGAGUUCCAGAGGGGCGACUCCCUCUUCAAGGCCAAACACGUCAAGGACGCCCUCCAGAUUGGUUUCCAUUUAAGCGCUACAGUAAGCCAGAGCGGCAACGCCAACAUUGCAAUGGUCUCCAGCACGAGGCCAGAGUAUAAUGUGGCCGUGACAUUCGACCGACGCCGAAUCACGUCCUGCAACUGCACCUGCAACUCAACAGCCUACUGGUGUUCGCACGUCGUUGCAGUCUGUCUGCACCGAAUUUUCCAACCGCAGCAAGUUUGUCUGCGGGCGCCGGUAAGUGAGUCGUUGUCUCGACUGCACCGGGAACAGCUGCAGAAAUUUGCACAGUACCUGAUCAGCGAGCUGCCACAGCAAAUUUUACCCACGGCGCAACGGCUGCUCGACAUGCUGCUCUCACCGCACCCUUCGCCCAUAAACAUGGUGCGCGGCGCGCCUGACCCCACUGCAGGCGCUUCUGCCAAUGACCAGACCUCAUGGUACCUCGACGAUAAGACCCUGCACGACAACAUCAAGAAGAUUCUCAUUAAGUUCUGUGUGCCAGCACCCAUUGUGUUCAGUGAUGUCAACUACUUGAGUACGAAUGCGCCGCCAGCAGCAGCCGAGUGGAGCAGUUUGUUGAGGCCCUUGAGAGGCAGAGAGCCUGAGGGCAUGUGGAAUUUGCUCUCAAUAGUUAGAGAGAUGUUUAAGAGGAACGACAGAAAUGCGGUGCCUCUCUUGGAAAUUGUGACAGAAGAGUGCAUGAUGUGUGAACAGAUUAUGGUCUGGUGGUUUAACACUAAGGUAGCUCUACACAAUGGCAGUUCAAGUCAUGGAGGCAAGCACAGUGUGAACAGCAAUAGCCAUGCUGCACAGCAUGCCUGUUCGUCGCUCUGUGACGAAAUUGUUGUCUUAUGGAGAUUAGCCGCCCUAAAUCCAGGUUUGUCACCUGAGGAAAGAGACUUAUUACUAAAUCAAUUCAAGCAGUGGCACAUCAAAAUAGUUGAUAAGGUUGCCAAAAGCAGGAACUCGACUCCGAUGCGCCUUCAGUCUGGUGGGGCAAAGAGCAACACCCUGAAGACUGAAAUGGAAAUUUUCAGUGGGUUCAAACCUGCCAUGGAAGCUUGCUACUUGCACUGGGAUGACUAUCCCAUACCUGGAGUUACAUAUUCUCAAGGCAGUCGACUUUACCACUGUCCCUUUACCUGUUUCCGACAUGCAGAUGUUCACCAAAUCAACUCAUCUAGUAGCGUCCUGAACUGCACCUCACACCACAAUCCCCACCAUCACGCAGUGUCGGUGAAGAAAAGGAAGGGUGCUUUGGAGAAUCCUGGCACGAGAUUUGCAACACAAGCUGAGGGCCUGAACUUGAACAGACGCACAUUUCCUCUGGGACAUGUAGUAGGCAUUCCUUCGCAGGAGGGAAACAGAAGUAGUGUCAGUAGCGAGGGUUUCUGCGAGAACGACAUGCUUAAUCCCAAUGAGUCGGAUGAAGGUAGCGAAUCAAGCAGUAGCAACAGACAGGGAGUGCCGAAGGUCUCAGAUUGGAGUGACAGUGACUCUUCUGCUCAAACUGAACAGCUGAAAAGAGCAGCAGCCGCCGCUGCAGAAGCUUUAGCAUCUGCAGUAUCAAUUCCAGCAGUGGUAUCAACAUCCAGUAAUGAGGCAUCAACAUCAGCAGCCGCAACACCUACUGUUUCCACUCCUCCACAGCCUGCAGAACCUCAGCCGUCGACUAGCAAAGGAGAAAACCCUCCAGCCGAGGCAGUUGCCGAGCCGCAGCCUGCCCAAGACAAGUGGGAAUCAAGCAACAGUGAACAAUCCGGAGACGAAUACAAUGUCUACUACUAUGAUCCAAAAGCAUUGGUUUCUCAUGCACCCUCGACUGGGGCUGAAGAUGCUGAUGCAGCACAUAAGAACAUCUUUGCCAACUGCAAGAGAAUGGAAGACCGGUGUGAAAUCUUGUUUGCCAGAGCAGAAGCCCUUCAUGCACAUGGACACUCUAGAGAGGCUUGUCAUUUGGGAGUGAAUUUGGCUCAUGAGCUGUUGGUGAAUCCACCAAACCUCAUGAUGGAGCUGCCCCCAGCCCCCUGCAAAGGAAAGCGUAAGAAAAUAAAUCCAGCGUCACAUCAAAUGAGCUGCCUGGCCUCAGCCACCUUAGCCAAGUGUGCCUUCCUCUGCAAUGUGCUCUCCGAAAGUCAUGAGCACCACCACCUGGCAUUUAAAGUUGGCAUGUUUGCCCUUGAAAUGGCCAGGCCUCCAGCAAGCACCAAACCUCUGGAGGUCAAAUUGGCAAACCAGGAAGCAGAUAUUGUGCAACUUCUGAAGAAAAUUCCCCUUGGUGUUCACGAGCUUAACAUUAUCAGAGAACGGGCGGAAGAACUUCGAACAGGCACCCUCAGAUCAAGGGGAGCGGCCCUCCUGCCCAUAAUGCUUGCCAGUUUUAUAUUUGAUUCACUUGUUAUACUAAGUCGUGACCCCCGUUGGGUCUUGAGAUUCCCAAUCAGCAAGUUAUCCAUGGAUGGAGAUGAGGAUAUGUAUGGUCGAUCGACAGUAAAUGACGAGAGUUUAGGUUUUGAAGCUGCAGUAGCAGCACUGGGGUUAAAGGCAAAUGUGUCAGAGGCAGACCAUCCUUUGCUAUGUGAAGGAACUCGAAGACAAAGAGGAGAGUUGGCACUCACUCUGCUGGUCCAGUACAAAGAUUGCUCUGAUAAACUUGCUAGGAUCAUGGAUAAACUUCUUGAUAGAGAGGUGCAUCAGUUGAUGAAGGUUCCACUUCUACCUGCCUACUACUCAAGUAACCCGCCAACUACGUCUCAGAUGCACAUGAGAGGAAGGGGUCAGGCAGCCCCAGGGCAGCCGUGUAGGAUGCCAUGGGUUCGGCAGUUCGGAGCAGUAAGGGAUGAUUCCAAUUGUGAACAGCCCCCACCUCAACAAGGACCAUCUUAUCCUCCUCCUUCUCAGGAAAUGAAUGAUUCUCAGGGUGCAGUCAUGAAUCCAGGCAGCAGACCUCAUAGUUCUACAAGUGCAGAGCUUGAGCAGAAUUUGGGAUCUCUUUCUCUGAGCCCUGCCCAAAAUCAAGUUAUGAAUCAACCAAGAAACAAGGAAACUAGGUUUAAAGGAAAACGCGCAUAUCCUGUAAUUCCUAACCAACCGUCUGAAGCGGGCGCCCAUUUCAUGUUUGAACUUGCAAAAACUGUACUGACCAAAGCUGGAGGGAACAGCUCGACAUCCCUAUUUACCCAGGCCACUGCCUCUCAGAACCAUCACGGGCCCCAUCGUGCCCUUCACAUGUGCGCCUUCCAACUUGGCCUUUAUGCUCUUGGCCUUCAUAACUGUGUCAGCCCUAACUGGCUCAGUCGAACAUACUCAUCCCACGUUUCGUGGAUUACAGGGCAAGCCAUGGAAAUUGGCGCGCCGGCGAUCUCGUUUCUGAUAGACUCGUGGGAGGGUCACCUGACCCCUCCUGAGGCAGCUAGCAUUGCGGACCGCGCCUCUCGAGGCAGCGACCCCCACAUGGUACGUGCUGCUGCCGAACUAGCACUUAGCUGUCUGCCUCACGCUGCCGCCCUCAACCCCAACGAAAUAACACGCGCCAUCCUCCAGUGCAAGGAGCAGUCGGACCAAAUGUUGGAGCACUCUUGUCUCACAGUUGAGUCGGCUGCUAAGGGUGGGGGAGUCUAUCCAGAGGUUCUGUUCCAAGUGGCUAGGUACUGGUAUGAGCUCUACAUCAGACACACACCUGGUGGGGUCGAAUUACUCCUGGAGCCUGAUGUCCCUAAGGAUGCUCUUUUGCUGGAACAGAACUACAUUUCGUUCCAGGUUGGAGGACUGCAAGAGCAGCAGCAGCAGCAAUCUCCUAUGGAGCUCAUGGCAGCCGCCCAGCCCACAGCUGUUGUUGCCCCAGCAGCUGCAGCACAGGCAGCUGCACCGUACCAGUCUCUCGGCGCCAUGCCCGUCCCUUACCACGCAGUUUCGUACUCUUACCUGCCUCGAUUCCCCACCCUUCCCCUGCAGAUGUAUUUGACCCCGCCCCCUGCACCAACAACCUUCCAGUAUCCCGCAGGGCCUCUGCACACUGGCCUUCAGUACUUCCCUGCCGUCACCCUGGCUGCCCCAACGGCAAGGCCUCUUUUCCUUCCGCCGCAGGCCGGACUGGUAGCUCCUCCGCAGCAACGCCCGCCUCCACCAAAUCUCGUCCAGGCCUCUGUAAUUCCUAACCAGAACCAAAGACCUGUGCAGCAUGUGCGUUGUCAGCAGGUGCCUGUGUCGCAGCCGAUGCAGCCUGUCGGACCUCCGCCCCAAGUCCAGCAACAGCAGCAACCCCCUCAGCAGCAAUGCGCCCUUAACCAGGGUCAGUACAGAUACCUGAUGGCUGCCUACAGAGUUGGGAUGCUUGCUAUGGAAACCCUGGCGCGCAGAGUGCACGACGAUCGACCGCAGGCAAAGUAUGCCAGAAACCCUCCCUACGGAGAGGACGUUAAGUGGCUACUCAGGGUUGCCAAAAAGCUUGGAACCCAGUACCUUCACCAGUUCUGCGUCUGUGCAGUAAAUAGUGUUGUGAGUCCCUUCAUCUUGCACGACAUAGCAGUGGAAGCUGCGAUUUACCUUUCGAGGAACAAUCCAACCCUCCUGAUGCAACACCUGCGAACAGCCCUCACACCGCUUGUUCAAAAGUGCCAGCAGAUGUAUAUUCAAUGUCUGCACCAAAAACUGUACCACCUCACCUCCACCGACUACGAAGAGUUUGUGGGCAUUGUUGUUUCGGCGCGGAUGGCUUUCCAGAUAACACCUGAUGGCAGCACACAGUUCAAGGAGUGGCUGCAGUCCAUUAGAAGGUCCAAGUCAUGUAAGAAAGAUCUAUGGGCGCAAAUCAACCAGGCGCUGCAAAACAACAACAAAUGACACCGGCCUGAGGUAGGCAGCAGCAGUAACCUCCACUGCAGCCGCCCCACCGCCCCCGGUGCCGCCCCAGGCUCCUCGCUCAACUGGGCGGAAAUGGAGGAUCAGCCGCCUCCAAGCUGACCGGUCGGCCCGCCUCCUCCUCCUCCAAGAUCUCACUCUAACUAGACUCUUUACUUAGUUCCCCCACGCGAGAGGACUCUCAUUUUAACAGUUUCCACUUCUUGGAACACAGAUAGAUGAUUAUCUUUUUAAGUUUCCACUUUUGCUGCCGCGACUCUGAUUUUUAAAUUUGAGCCUUUUCAAAGAGUUAGCUCCAAGAAGAAUGGCUCAGUUAGCAGGUGGACAUAGUCGGAGCCGCGGCUUCUUUGUGAAAAUCUUCCGCAUUGUAAAGAUACAUAUAAUGGAAGUGAGUUGAGAGACUGAUUGUUGACAUGUUUUAGCCUUUGAUUUUUGGCACGCAGAAUUUGUUCUCUUGGCACAAACUGAUAAUAUUAUCGUCACAGGUGCGAUUCAGGUGCAAAUUUAUAUUAUUUGCCCCCACCACCCCUCCGACAUUGGUACGAUAGAAAAAUGCAACCUUCACUUGAAUCGCACCGUGAGGUAAAAAAAAUUUGAAAUCGCAUAGACACGUACACACUCAUGGGACUAAUUGAAUUCCGACCUUAAUCUUUCGGAUAAGAAGCUACUUUGCGUUUUUGAUCGGUUGAUUAAAACCAAAUCUCGUCUGGCUACAAGACUAUUUUAAGCAGAUUUACAACUAUUUUUACAUGGAAUAUGAGAUGAGAAAAGUAAUCCCCUUUUCCGUAUGCGCUUCUCUGCGCUGCUGGCGAGUUAACUGUUCUGGAAUUUAAAAUUGUCUCUCUCGACUCCCCGAGAGCUUGGUCUAGUCUGAUUGAAUGUAGAUAGAAAAUCUCCUGGCAUAUCACAAAUAAACAAAGCAGCCCCUUUGGUUGAACCAUAAAUUUUUCAAGGGAAUGGUGCCUUUUAUAGAAACACUUGCGUUCGAAACUAAGCAAGUUGAAUUUCUCCAUGUAACAGGAACAAAUUAAAAUCACAGCAUUACAAAGAUUGAGGGGCUGCUUCAAAAUGAUGCAUUUGCUUUGGCAGAUUAAAGAUUAAACAGGAUGCUAAAAAUUAUACUUGGGGAGUAGAGUCAAAAAUCUUAAACCCACCCCAACAGUUUUAGUGAAUACUAUGAAAAAUCAUUGCUAUAUUAAAUUAAUAUUACGAAUAUUAUUAUACUAACUAGAUGCAGGAUGAAAAUUGCAUGUGUCUUUUUUAACAUGGCAUAAAAUUAAAGGAGAACAAAUGUGUGGCGUAUAAAUAUAUUUCUAUAAAAUACUAAAUUAUAUUUCAGAUAUACAGUUUAGGUGGCUAGAAUGAUAAGAUUUUUGAAGAUUAUCUACACUUAAAGUAUGCUAAGUGAAGAUAAAUACUAUUACAUUAGUAGUUGUGUAGUGCAUUAGUGGAAGUUUUAAAAUAGAAAAACUUAAAGAGGCGCGUUGAGUGGCUCGGUUUUAAUUCAGCACACAAUCUCAUUUUUGGAAUGGCCAAAACCAAAAGUUGAAAACAAUGUCCGUUUACGAAGUAUAUAAAAAUUUUGUUUAUUUGUCUGCUAGUCCCAUACACACAUACAUAUUUUAGGCUUUGCUCACACCCACCAGGCACAUUUGAACCCAAAAAUUGGAAAAAAAACGAGAUUACAUUUGUGAAAUACUUUUAAGUUGUUCAUCAAACAAGAUUUUUCAGUGCCAAAGGUUUGCCUGCGCUCACUUCUAAGAAAAGCAAGUGCUCAAGUAUUCUCAGAACUUGUCCAUACUUGUACAUGAGGAUGUGAAUGUCCGUUGGAUUUGAUGUCCAUCCUGAUUGUUUCUUGGUCGUUCCAUAUCUUUUCGUGUCGCAAGAUGCCAAACUCGAUUAAAAUAGAGGACCGGUCGCUAUUAUUAUUUUUUUAUUGCGACCUGCCCUCGGUGUUAUUCAGGGCUAAUUUUAAUAAAUUUAAGUAUAUGUGCAUAAUUGGAUUUGUUCAGUUUUUAGCUUGCUAGGCGGUGAGAAAGAAAGCCUAUUGGAAAAUAUCCAGUUGGAUUUCAAUCAGCAUUGUUACAUUAUUUACGAUUUUGUUGUUUUGUCAUUGAAAUCGGAAAGAAAUAACUAAUUCAUCAUUUGAGAACAUUUUUGUGCAAAGUGCUCAAACUUGGUUUAUUUUGUAAUUU